UUCCUCUCUCUCUCUCUCCUACAAUUUUCUCUCCCAUUUCCCACUUUCCUCUCUCUAAAAACAUGUCCACUCUCAAGAAAAACAAUUUCCAUCUCUGGUUCUCAAAGCUCCGCUGCUUUCCGGCCGCCGUGAAACCCUCAUCGACGCCGCACAUGCCCAACAAAAAACCCCUUUCCAUUACCCACCUGGAAAACUCAGACAACUCCUCUACUUCCACCGCUGCUGAUGAUGGGUUUUUCUCCGACGACUCCACUUCCGAUUCCGACGCCGUCCCCGACUUCUCCGCCGCCGUAGCUUCCCAUCGUUUCUUCUUCUCCUCACCUGGCUGCUCCAACUCCAUCUUCGACUCUUCUCCCGAAACCCAUCACGGCGCCGCCGCCGACGCCGCCGUGCACGGCGGCGUCAAGGUUCGGAAGGUUUCUAUAGACCCAUUUAUCGAUUUUAGAGGUUCAAUGCAGGAGAUGGUCGAAGCAAGAGAUCAGCCAGUGGACGUCCGGCGAGACUGGCAGUAUCUACAAGAGCUUCUACUCUGUUAUCUCCAAAUCAACCCCAUUGAUACCCACAAGUUUAUAUUAAGAGCUUUCUCCGACCUCGUCGUUUCAUUGCUGGAAUCAUCGCCGGAAUCACCCUCCAACCACCAUCUCCGGCAGCACAAUAUGAACUCAAACAGCUGGUUAGUCCAAUAACAACAAUAUCAUCUACACCAAUUCCACUCCCGACAAGGACAGAGGAAGCUCAAUGGAAAAUCCUCGUACAAAUUGGCGAUUCAUGUGUA